UUAGGGUCACCACUUCGAGUCAUCUUCACAAAAAAACUCCGUGGAGAGACAAUCUAUCAAUGGCAUCCAAAGUAAGCAGCUCCUCCAUCUUCCAAAGCCUGAAACGGUACAUCAAGAAGCCAUGGGAGAUAACCGGACCUUGCGCCGACCCAGAGUACAGGAGCGCUUUGCCCAAAGCCACGGAGUACCGUGUUCGCUGCCCGGCCACCACUUUGCUGAAGCCCAUCGUCCCCACAUCUGACCCCGAAACCGUCUUCGACAUCAAAUAUUACACCCGCGAUCAACGCCGCAACUAA